AUGGCAAGUUAUCUCGUAAAACCGUUUCUUAUUGGAGUUGCUGGUGGUCCAUGUUCUGGUAAAUCUACCGUUUGUCAAAAAAUCGUUCAAGAUUUACAUUUUUGUUCGACUGCUGAUCAAGCAAAUCGUGUAGCUGUGAUCGCAUUAGAAAAUUUUUAUCGUCCAAAGAGUGCAGAACAACGUUUGUUAGCAACACGUGGUGAUUGGAAUUUAGAUCAUCCAGUAGCAUUUGAUGAUGAACUAUUGUUUAAAACAUUACAAGAUUUAUUAAAUGGUAAAACUGUUCGUAUAAAUCAUUAUGAUGCUCGUACAUAUUCACAUAUUGAAGGCGAAUAUGAAAAUAUUGAACCGGUUGAUGUUAUAUUUGUUGAAGGAAUACUCGUAUUUUAUUUUCCACAAAUUCGAGAAUUAUUUAAUAUGAAACUUUUUGUUGAUACUGAUGCUGAUACACGUUUAGCUCGACGAGUACUAAGAGAUAUGAAAUUACAUGGUAGAAAUUUAGAACAUAUUUUAAAUGGUUAUAAAAAUCAUGUUAAACCAGCAUUUGAAGAUUUUUGUUUACCAACAAAAAAGUAUGCCGAUGUUAUUAUACCAAGAGGUGCUGAUAAUUAUGUAGCCGUUGACUUAAUUGUACAACAUAUUAAAGAUUUUUUAAAAUUAAAAACAAGUGAAAAACCACAACAAUUACAAAUUCAGAAAACAAAUGAUCAUGUUUUCUUAUCAAGGCCUCACUGA